CCACGACUGGUCAUUCAGUGCGAGCAACAGAAGUCCAAUGAAUUCCACUAAUUUAGACUCUUUUACUGAUCUGCACAGCUCUGUUCAUGAUGGGCAGGAUAGCGAUGAUUGUGUUAGUGAUGAAAAUUACGAUGAUGAUAUCUUGUUCUCUGAUACCCCUUGCUUUUCUUUCAAUAAACUGUUUGAAAAUACUCAAAAUACAAAAACUGAAAAUACAGACUCCAUUCCCAAUUCCGUAGGAAAAGCCAACGACCGAUGGAAUCGAGUCUAUAUGGACACGAACAUACAUCAUAAAGCUUCUAAGGUUCGUUUUGCUGCUGAUGAGAAGUUAGAAACCAAGCACCUUAUGCUUGCAUGGAGCUAUGCCUACCAAGCUGCCCGUAAAGGUGAAUGGGUACAAAUUCAUAUUGAUUCAGAGAGGUUUCGACGUCGGAUAGAAAACACUGAGCAAGUGUUGAAACCUAUUUUAGAUCCUUCUCACAGACUGAAGAUCUUGGCUCUUCGGAAGAAAUAUGAACAUUACUCAAUGCAUCUAGUAAAGAAUUUGCCUAACUGAAGAUUUAUUGUAUUUUUGUUUAGGUGAGACUACAUUACAGACUGUUAAAUGCAAUCUUGUCACAUACAGACAACUAUCAAAUGGACAUCAUCUUAAAUGUCAUCAUUGAAGCAUUCUGUGAUACAAAAUGAAAUAUUUUUGUAAUUAAACUAAAAAGAAAACAUUUCAU